AUGGCAACUGAGACAACCGCCAUGCUCGAGGCGCCUCAAUUCAAUCCGUCUCUUCGCCCCUCUUCGAACAAACCCUAUAGCUACGCCGAGGCGUUCAUUCCAGCACUCACCUCACAAUGCCAUGCCUCGAAUCUUCUUCAGCUUCCCAACGGCGAUAUCCUCUGUGCUUGGUUCGGCGGAAGCAUUGAAGGCAGGCCCGAUAUCUGCAUUUAUAUGUCUCGUCUUCCAGCUGGAGAGAAGGUCUGGACAGAUGCCGUGAAGAUGACACAUGACCAUACCCGAAGCGAGCAGAACCCACUUCUAUUUCGCAAUCCCUCAAACGGAGAAGUCCGUCUUCUGUACACCUCGCAGAAUGCUGGAAAUCAAGAUUCGGCCAUUGUGAAACAACUUAUCUCCGGUGAUGAUGGGGCGAAUUGGUCGGAGCCCACCGUUCUUUUCAGUGAUGCAGGAACUUUCAUUCGCCAACCCAUGAUUGUCCUUCAGGACAGCUCGUGGGUGAUUCCCAUUUUCAAAUGCCGUGCGGAGCCAGGAACACGGUGGUUGGGAAGUGAUGACAUUUCUUGCAUUCGGAUAUCCAAAGAUGAAGGGAAGACCUGGACUGAGAGGGAGAUUCCAAACAGUUACGGAUGUGUACACAUGAACAUCCAGCGACUGAAAAAUGGCACAUACCUCGGUCUUUACCGGAGUCGAUGGGCUGACCAUGUCUACCUGUCAACUUCCCCUGACGGGCUGGACUGGACGGAACCUAAACCAACAGUUCUUCCGAAUCCAAAUGCGGGUAUUUGUUUUGACGUCCUUCCAUCCGGGCGCGUGGUGUUGAUAUAUAAUCACUCUUCAAAAGAAGAUGCACUCGGUCGUCGUGAUGGUUUGUAUGAUGAUAUCAGCGAUGGAACUGAUACAAGAGCCAACCAAGCCACGAAACAUGGAAAAGAAGCUUUCUGGGGCGCUCCUAGAGCUCCUCUUUCUGUUGCUUGGAGUGAUGACGAUGGUGCGACUUGGAAGUGGAAAACUUUGGAAGAGGGAGAUGGUUAUUGUCUGACGAAUGACAGUGAGAAGAAGCGCAACCGGGAACUUUCAUAUCCCAGUAUUCUGGCCGAGAAGAAUGGGACUCUGCACGUCGCAUUCACUUUUUGGAGGCAAAGAAUCAAGUACAUGCAGCUGACAGAAGACUUAUUUGAAUAG